AUGUCGUCACCUUGGCGUGCCGUGCUGGCCGUCUCCAUGGCCCUUGUUGUCAGCGUCGGGGCGGAGCCGGCGCAAGAGAGGAGCUGCGACGUGGUCGGAGAUGAAGGCAGCGAGUCGCAAGUGGAGAGAGCCCUGCUGCAGAAACUGGAGCCCCUGAGCCACAUGAGGUUUAACGUGACCGUGGAGAAGAGCAAAACAGAAAACUACGUCUACCAUUUCAGGGUGUGCAGGGAGGUCAACAGCACGCUGCACGACUUCGGCGGCCUGGUGCAGACAGACAGACAGAACGGAAAGACCACAGUGAUAGGACGGAUCAACGAAACCCAGGUCUUCAAUGGAAGUGACUGGAUCAUGCUGAUUUACAAAGGAGGCGACUCGUACGGCACGCACUGCAGCGGCGAGAAGAGAAGAGCUGCCAUAAUGAUUUCCUGCAAGCGGGGAGUCACCGCG